AUGAAGUCGGCACCACUGGAUACUAGUGCCGGGCAGAAGCGGAAGCGAGAUGAAGGGAAGAAGAACAGCACCCCAAUGAAGAAACGCAAGACUCAGCUGGAUGCACAACGACAAGCCCUUCCAAUAUAUCCUCGCGCAAAAGAAAUCCGACAAUCGCUCAAAGACCACAAUGUCCUCGUUCUAACUGGAGAAACCGGAAGCGGAAAAUCUACUCAAGUCCCCCAAUUCCUUCUCGAAUCACCAUGGUGCACCGGAAAAAUCGCCGUCACGCAACCGCGUCGAGUCGCAGCUAUCAACCUCGCUCGUCGAGUAGCGGACGAAAUGGGCUCACCUCUCGGACGCUCCUCCCCAGCCAGUAAAGUCGGCUAUAGUGUACGAUUUGACGAUAAUACGAGUGCGAGCACGAAAAUCAUGUUUUUGACUGAGGGAAUGCUGUUGCAGGAAAUUUUGAGGGAUCCGGCGCUGAAGGAGUAUUCUUGUGUUGUGGUUGAUGAGGUGCAUGAGCGGAGUGUGGAUGUGGAUCUUAUUCUUGGGUUUUUGAAGGUUUUGCUUGAUGAUGAGGAGAGGAAAAGGAUGGGGAGGCCGUUGAGGGUUGUGGUUAUGAGUGCUACGGCGGAUGCUGAUGGGUUGAUGCGAUUCUUUGAGCGGAAAGGGGUUGAUGAGGAAGCGACUUUUGAAAAUGGAAGCGAAGGCAUCAUUCAGAAUGGAAACGACUCGAAAGUCUCCCGGUGCCAUGUCGAAGGAAGACAAUAUCCUGUCAAGACGCACUAUCUUGACAGCCCGACACCGGAUUACCUCGACACAGCACUGCAUCGCAUAUAUCAGAUUCAUUGCAAAGAAGCUAUGCCAGGAGAUAUCCUGGUGUUUCUCGACGGCGCCGAAGCGAUCAAGAGUCUCCAAAAAUCCGUGGAGGAGUUCGCUGGACAUUUGACGACCGACUUUCCGAGAAUGCUGGUGCUUCCACUCUAUGCGAAGUUGCCGCAGCAUGCACAGCAACUGAUAUUUGAGCGAGCGCCACCGAAUACGCGAAAGGUCAUACUAUCCACUAAUAUUGCUGAGACUUCGGUUACGGUGCCUGGCGUGCGGUUUGUGGUGGAUAGUGGAAGAUUCAAAAUGAAGCAGUUCAGGUCGAAGUUGGGGCUGGAGUCGCUUCUGGCAAAGCCGAUUUCGAAGUCGUCUGCAGAACAGAGGAAGGGUCGAGCCGGUCGUGAAGCAGCCGGUCAAUGCUAUCGCCUCUAUACUGAAUCAACCUACAAAGACCUCGAAAAAGACACAAAACCAGAAAUCCUACACUGCGACCUCAGCAACGCCAUCCUCAAAAUGAAAGCCCGCGGCGUAGACGACAUUCUCAACUUCCCGUUCCUCACCGCACCACCCCUCGAAGCCCUCCAACGCUCUCUCAACCACCUCGUCAACCUCUCCUGCCUCGAAGCACAAACCGGCACCAUAACCCCUCUCGGCCAAAAAGUCGCCCGCCUGCCUCUCCCACCCCAACUCGGCGUCGUCCUAAUCGAAUCCUCCAAACCUUCCCGCUCCUGCUUAAACGAAGUAAUCGACAUCAUCUCCUGUCUCUCCGUCGAAGACAUCUGGCUCCCAAUCCACAACAACAACGAAACCAACGAAUCCAUCCUCCAAGCCCGCUCCCACCUCCACCGCCGCGAAGGUGACCUCCUCACCUACCUCGCCGCAGUCCAAACCUACACAAACGACUCCACAACUUCCGAUCGAAAACUCUGGUGCAAAAACCACGCAAUUUCUCAUUCGGCUAUGAAAGCCGUCAUGGAUGUUAGGAAACAAUUACGGACACAAACAAAAUCCCUCUCCUCUUCCACCCUACCCUCCUCCUCCUCCUCCGAAAACCUCAACGAAAAUAUCCUAAAAUGCUUCCUGAUCGGCUAUAAAUCCAACAUCGCGAUUCUAUGUCCGGACAAUUCUUACAAAACUGCGCUUUCGAAACAAGUUGUGGCUAUACAUCCUAGUUCGGUGUUGGCGGAGAGAGAGAGGAGGGAUAGAGGCAAAAAAAUGGAGGGGAUUGUGUUUUGUGAUUUUGUGUUUACGCAGAAGGCGUAUGCGAGGAAUGUUAGUGCUAUACAACUGCAGUGGUUGGAUGAGAUUUGAAUGGGAUGGAAGGAUGGUGGAUGGGGAGGGUGGAUUACUGAGGCGAGUGAUGGUCGUGAAGAGAGAGGGAGACGGCUGCUCUUGCAAAAAGGAUUUCUCGUCUUCUUAUCUGGGGUAUCUAAUGAGAAGGCUUUAUGCUGUG